UACCUUUUGUAACAACCUGUACCACUCAACAGUUAACACUCGUGUUGCGCGUCGACUUGCUCUUGAACAGCCAGAAAAAGGGUGGAGGAAAAUAGAGGGCGCCUGAUUGGUCCAGACGCACCCCUUGCAACAGUAUCUGCUGUAACCACGUGACCUGGCUGUUUUCAACCCACUUCCACGCGUGCAGUUAAAAAGACGGACAGUGUAAGUCGGCGUUAUGUACACCCACCCAAGUACUGAAUAUUUGAAGGCACGCUUCGAUGCAUCGUAGGUGAGGAGAGAGAGGUGGUGGAGGAGGCGGGUGGGCGAAGCAUGGCGACGGCCGCGAGUAGCAGCAGCAACAGCGGCCCCUCCACGGCCACGCUUCUUCACGGCCACCGCAUCAACAACUCGCAGACGCGGAAACGCAUCGACCCGAGGCGGAGGCAAGCGGCGCUCUCCUUCCUCAACAACAUCUCCCUGGAUGGGCGACCUGUGCAGGGCGAGCGCCAGGAGGCGGGGGACUGUGUCGAGGAACGAGAGUCUGAAGUCCGGAGUUGCGUGAUGGAUCGAGGCGCCUCUACCUCCACCUUUGCCGCCUCCUCCUCCUCGACUGCCGCUCUUGCGGCUGCCGCGACCACCUUAGCCAACCAGGCUCUCGUGGCCAGCAGCCGAACCACCUCGGUGGCUUCGGCUGCAUCCGCCGCUUCAGAGCCCGGCGAUGGUGAACCCUUCACUCCGGCGUUCGCUGCUCCUGCGAGCACGUACGGCUCCCCUCUCUCGGCUCUAGCCGCCUCGGCCCGGGGGAGACUGCAGACAUACACUCCGGGGGUGCCGCCCGUGGCGUACUCUAGACAAGGAUCCCAGAACUACUGCCUGGAGGGCGGACCGAUCGCCAACUCUGCCAUGGAGCUGCAGCGGUCGAGACGCCGGCUCAUCUCCCAGCGAUCCUCGCUGGAAACAUUAGAGGACAUUGAAGAGAAUGCUCCUCUGCGCAGGUGCCGAACCCUGUCAGGUUCCCCUCGACCAAAGAGCUUCAAGAAGAUCCACUUCAUUAAGAACAUGCGGCAACACGAUAUGCGCAAUGGAAGGAUAGUCCUAAUCAGUGGCAGAAGAUCCUUCUAUAGUGUAUUUUCAGUGCUGCCCUAUCGAGAUUGUAGCCAAGCGGGGGACGCGAAGAUGGAAGCGACAGGGCGCCAGCGACACCCGUCCGGAGGCGUCAGCGCCAAAGAAAUGGUCAUUGGCCUCGAGGGGGUUGAGCUCGGGGCUGAUGGGAAGACGGUGUCGUACACACAGUUCUUGUACCCGACCAACGUGCUGGGCGGGCGGCGCAACACCAUCGAUUCCACGUCGUCCUUUUCGCAGUCCCGCAACGCCAGCCACCGCAGCCUCAGCCUGGCCCGCGCCAACAGCAACCAGAGCAGCCUGGACACCGGUAACGACAUGAGUGAAUUCCGCGAGUAUGACCCCAAUCUUCUGGACGACCCUCAGUGGCCUUGCGGCAAACACAAGCGAGUGCUCAUCUUCCCAUCCUACAUGACGACAGUCAUAGAGUACGUGAAACCCUCCGACCUGAAGAAAGACAUGAACGAAACCUUCAAGGAGAAGUUCCCUCAUAUCCGCCUCACACUCAGCAAGAUCAGAAGCCUGAAGCGCGAGAUGAAGAAGCUGGCCCAGGAUGAGUGCGGCUACGAGGAGCCCACCGUGGCCAUGGCCUUUGUGUACUUUGAGAAGCUGGUGCUGCAAGGCAAGCUCAACAAGCAGAACCGCAAACUCUGCACGGGAGCCUGCGUCCUGCUGGCGGCCAAGAUCGGCGGCGAUCUCAAGAAGCACGAAGUCAAGCUCCUUAUCGACAAGCUGGAGGAGAGGUUCCGCGUAAACCGGCGCGAACUGAUCGCCUUUGAGUUCCCCGUCCUGGUGGCGUUGGAGUUCAACCUGCACCUCCCCGAGCACGAGGUCAUGCCGCACUACAGACGCUUGCUGCAGACCUCGUAGCGGCAACCCCCCGCCCCGCCUACUUCAAGCCACGGCACCGCUCGGUUGGGACUGCACUGCUGCAGAACUUGGUCCACACCUUUUUUCCCCUCUGCUGCCAUUUUGGAUAUUUUUGACUCUCUCCUUGUUGACUUUGACAACUUUGUAUAAAAAUACAAAGUUGGGGGGUGAAAUGGAUCUUUUUCUCUUUUAUCGUUUUUUUUUUAAUCAUCAAUCUGCUUUGCGUGUCAUUGCUUGUGGCUCAUCGACCAUCUUAAAAAGUGCACUUUCACCCCCCCUCAGAAUAUUACCAGAUUUAUUUUUAUUUUUUUUUUAAACACGGCUCCGGAUUGCAACAGUUGGAUCUUUUCUAGUACAUGCAUGAGGAAACAACAUUUGGACUCCUUUUUUUCCUCUCUCUGUCAAAUUCAUUGUGCUUUUGACCAGUGUGUAAUCUUCAUCUGCUCUAUGUUAGAGUGUAUCAUUAGCACCUUAAGGUGCUCUUUGGAUGGGUGGGGGUCGUUUUUGGAAGAAUGUGGGUGUGGCCACAGUGGAUAAAAGAUAGAUGAUACCGGCCGGCUUCCAAAUGCAGCUCAUUUGAGUCAUUUUCACCUUCGGGAAUGGGCUCUUGAGACUUUAACGCCCGGCCACCCAAGGUCAUAGCAAUCGUGAAGCUGUUGUUACGGUGCUCAUUAUCUUUUAUCUCUUUUUCAUGGCAAAAUGAUCGGCCAAAAAAAGCUUCACAAAUUUGCAUUGCCCGUCUGACAAGAGUCUAAUUCUGAUUGGGGCUCAUUUGGGCAAAUUUCCCGGGAACAGUUGGACCCAGUACAAGUGCUGGAAUUUCUCCAGAAUUGCCGUUUCACAACAAAAUGUUCAAUUUCAGGCACGGGUAGCUUGAGACUUUUUCAUGUGUCCUUUUAUGUUCGACGUCCACCUAAUUUUGCGUUGAUUGGUGAAACUGGUGUCACAUGUAAAUUUUCAUGGCAAAUCCUCAAAAUAAUGUAGUUUUGCUGCCAUGCUCCGCCCACUUCCAAUGGCAUAGGGGGAAAAAGCUUUUUCAAUUGCGGUCAUCUGUUAAGGAUGCCUGCUUCUGAUUGGUGCUCAUUUGGGUGAGCCUUGAAAUUCACCCCAAAUGGCUGAUGUAGUUUGUUUUAGGCAUGGGCUCUUGAAUUUUUCAUGCAUCCUGUUAUGUGUCAGGGGCUUCUUUAUGUUCCAGGGGGCGCUAUCGAGUGACUUUUGGGGCAAGGUCAUGUUUGGGACCACCAAGUAAAAUAUAUCAAUCUUUACCAGGAUACUUGGCAAUGCCUGGUGCUAAUCAUUUGAUUUGGUAUGUUUACAAGUUGUCUUAUAAUCCUCCUUCGGGAAGAAAUUUUAAAAAAAUAUAUAAAGAGCUGAGAUACAUUUGCAAUUCAGGUAAGACAAAUCUCAAAAAUGUGAUGAGGGGCUAUUUUCAAGUGUAAAAAGAAGUUGCUGGCACACCCUAAAGAUUUCAGAAGCUAAGAAAUGACUGACAGUCAAAAAUGAUUACCGCUUCAUUAUCAUUGUAAAUAAAUCACGUUGCUUGUCGGA